CCUCUUUUUCUACCCCACGAUUUCCUUCCACACAUCUUUCCAUUAAUAUUCCUUCAUACAGCACUUUGUAAACAGCCAGAUUCUUUAUCAAUGUCCUUUUUUUUCCCUCUUUGUAGAAGGUGUCAUCGACCGCGUGCUGGACUAAUGUCUUGGGCAUAAUUGUGUUGAUUAUAACAGUCCUUCUUAAAAAUGUAUUUUGGUCUUAUUCACUAAUCCAAUUCUCAAAAUUAGCAGAAAUAAGUCCUUGAAAUUGAUUGAAAUAGUGAAUAAAUUAACUUUUAAAUAAUUCAAAUAUGUUGAGAUGCAUCUGGAAAUUGCCAGGAAAUGACCAACACCCUGAUGUUCAGCUUUGAUUUGGAGCAUUUGUUUUCAGUGGCUCUGCUUCAGAUAACUUGGAUCAGCCUCCCAACUUUUAAUUUGCAUUUAGUUGGGACUAUUUAUCUAAAUCACCACAUAAACUUUUCUGCACACUCAGGUGCUUUUGGCUGAUUCAUGUGUGGAAAUGAUUACACGUCUCAUGAAUUCAGACAUUAUCCUCGUUUUCUUUGACCUUUUCCUCAGGAUGUAAGCGUAUCACAGGAAAUGACUGGCAAUCAAAGACAUUCAGGUAUUUCACUGAUCUUGAUUUAAUCUCACGCUAAUCUGAUCUUUUAAAUAUCUGCAGAUCGUGACUCAUGCCCUUCAGAUUCACGCUGAGGUCAGUCGGUGUUUUGGGUUUAUGACUAUCAGCUGUUAUUCUAGCUCUGAUCUGUUUUAUGAUUAAAAGUUCUGCUGCAUUCUUGUAUUGCUUUCAUAAUUUCGAUCUAAUUUAAUCCAAAUUUUAACUUUUAAUCAGUAAUAUUUAAGGAUGGGCUGAAAUUUCACCCUUAUAAUAUAAAACUAACAAAUGUAGUUUUUUGAGGGGGAGCAGGGGGUUAUGAAUGCUAUCAUGAACUUUAGUCAUUUAAAUGGCAGUUUUGUAAUGAAAGUGAGUGGAUUUAUCUUAGUAUAUAGAAAUAUGCUGACUUAUUAUGCAUACAUUAUUUGGACAAAAUUACAGUGAAAUUUUAAAAUUAAUUUAAACAUGCAAAUUUAUUUUAAAAAUGUUUCUUGUAGGAGUAAACGUCAAAUCGAUACAUGCUGCAUGUAGCUUUAAGCUACAAAAGAUUUGGGCGUAAAAAAGUGAUUACAAUUCUGUCCGAAAUACACAACAUUCUCAUAAGCUAAUGAUGUCAAACUUGGCAAACAUGAACUUUUGUCGGGAAAAAGAUACAUUAAAAGUAAGAACUUCAUAUAUUUUAUAAAAUAUUUUAAAAUAAGUAAACCUGAAACAAAAUACUUUUGGAAUUCACAGAAAAAUCAAAAAUAAAUUAAAGAUAAACUAAAACAAGGAUUUUAGUAUUUGGGAUGUAUUUUCCAAAUCUGAGAUUAUUUGUGAUUGGCAAACCAAUAUUUAAUAUUAUAUGCUGUAAAUUGAUCCAAAAAGAGGCAUCAACUCAAGAAGAUUCGAAAUCCUCUGAAUCAAAACAAUUGUUUGAAAAGUUUUGCUUUACGGUGCCACAUGGGUGGAAAUGCUGGAGGGGGGAACAUGGAGUCAGGAGCCCCCUGAAUCUAAGCAGCCAAGAGAUUUUUACCUCAGUUUCCCCCUUUGAGUGAAAUCAUCCUGCACAAUGCAACAGUAUUCCUUAAAAUCUCCUUCUUUAAUAGAGAGUGUAAAGUGUUGAAACGCAGAAGACUUGCAUUCCCCCCACCAGUGCAUGUCAGUGGUUUGGUCCCCUGCAUGCAACCCCCAAACCCCCCCACACACACUGGGUCUGGGAAGGAGCUUCUUUUGUGUGGAGCAGGAUUUGGAAGUGUGUCAGUCGUGCCCAGCCUCCUGUGAGCCAUGCCUUCUGUGUCUGGAAGCAAAUGCUUGAAAGAUGAUCAAACUCCAUGCACAGAUGAAGGAAACUUGCUGUACGCAGAGAAGAAGUGUCCCGUGGACGGAGUUGUUGAAAUUUUCCCUGCGGCGCACAAGUCGUCUGCACUCAGAGGAGACGACUGCAUCGACGAUGAGGACAAAUCCCACCAAACAUCUGAAGAAAAUGGUGAAAAAGAGGAAAAGGCAGAAGAGACGGCUGCUCAGAUAAAGUGGAUUCGUCCUGAUUUACCCAGCAGGUGCACCUGGAGGCCGGGCGCGCCGAUGUCAGAGUCCCCUCACAGCCAACCACCACGCAUUAAACCGCCAAGAAUCCUCCCCAACAUCCUCGGACACAUUGGAUACACACCUCUGGUCCGCCUGAACAAAAUCCCAAAGGAGUUUGGGUUAAAGUGUGAAAUGUUUGCCAAGUGUGAGUUUUUCAACGCAGGAGGCAGCAUUAAAGACAGAAUCACUAUGCGGAUGGUGGAGGACGCCGAGGAAGCCGGGAUCCUCAAACCAGGGGACACAAUCAUUGAGCCCACCUCUGGUAACACAGGAAUCGGACUUGCUCUCAUAGCGGCUGUGAAAGGCUACCGCUGCAUCAUUGCGAUGCCUGAGAAGAUGAGUAUGGAGAAAGUAGAUGUGCUGAAGGCUCUCGGGGCAGAAAUUGUUCGCACUCCUUCAUCUGCAGCUUUUGACUCGCCGGAGUCUCACAUACGAACAGCUUGGAGACUAAAGAGUCAGAUUCCCAACUCGCACAUCCUGGACCAGUAUCGUAAUGCCAGUAACCCCCUGGCUCACUACGAUGCAACAGCUGAGGAAAUACUGGAGCAGUGUGAAGGUAAACUGGACAUGGUUGUAGCUGGAGCAGGGACCGGUGGUACUCUCACAGGCAUAGCUCGAAAGCUGAAGGAGAAGUGCCCCAAUGUCAAGAUAAUCGGUGUUGAUCCUGAGGGCUCUAUGCUGGUUCACUCAGAAGAGCAUCAAAGUGCUCAUUUCGAGGUUGAGGGCAUUGGAUAUGACUUCAUCCCCAUGGUGUUGGACAGAUCUCUUGUCCACCAGUGGUACAAAGCGAGUGAUAAGGAAACAUUUAACAUGGCACGCAAACUAAUAAGAGAGGAAGGCCUCCUCUGUGGUGGGAGUUCUGGCUCAACGAUGGCGGCAGCAGUGAAAAUGGCUCAGCAGCUGGAGGAGGGACAGCGCUGCGUGGUCAUCCUGCCAGACUCGGUUCGCAACUACAUGUCGAAGUUCCUGUGCGAUGAGUGGAUGUGUGAGAAAGGUUUCCUGGAGAGUCCGAAUGAGAUCAAGCCCUGGUGGUGGAACGUGACAGUCCACAGUUUACACCUCUCUACUCUGCUCACCUUGGCUCCAUUAAUGUCCUGCCAAAAAGUCAUCAAGAUCCUGAAAGAGAAGGCUUUUGACCAGGCUCCAGUCGUCAGUGAAUCUGGUGAGAUCAUGGGCAUGGUCACUCUGGGAACCAUUCUUUCCAGUGUGCAGGAUGGAAAAGUCAAACUAUCGGAUCCUGUGAGCAUGGUGCUCUUCAAGGACUUCAGACAGGUCUGCCUGACGGACAACCUGGGGAAGUUAUCCUGCAUCCUCAAAACCCAAAACUUUGCCCUGGUGGUGGAUGAUCAGACCCAACACGAUGCGGCGGGUUCAGUUUGUCCAAGGCGGAACGGGUUUGGCGUUGUGACGGCGAUCGACCUCCUGACCUUCAUCACCGCACAUGAGGCACAGGAUCACCCAUAAUCCUCAUGUUCGCCCUCACGCAGUCAGGCAGCGGGUUGUUUGGAGGAUUUCACUUCCUUAAUUAGGUUGUUUAAAAAAAUAGCCAGCUCAAUAAAAUGAAAAUAUUGUGAGGAAUUAUGCUUCAUUUAGUCAUUUUGUUUUGUUUUUCAACAUUGCAGUAGAUGUAACUACCUUAAAAACAUUCAAUGGUUAGAAUAUGAUUGAUAAGAAAACUUUCUACGCUUCAGUUUUAUGUUACUUUUAUGAAAGGUUUGUAGAAAAAUUGCAGAUGAAAAUUUCUAGUACGAUUUGUUUUAUAUAGUUUAGGUAUACACAGAUUAUUUAAAGUAUUUACAUGAGCUAAGGAGUUGAUGUGAUCAGUUAAGGGAUUUGCAAUAGACACUCUUCAACUUUUUUCAUCAUUAAUUAACAAUGAUCAGUGUGUUUAAAUAGAUAUUGUGCCAUUCCUUCCAGUUUUUUUUUGCUGUAUUUUCUUUCUUUUUACUCUAUUUGCCUCGGUAAUGUUUAAGUUUCUUUUCCUUGAUAGAUUUAAUGUCGCCAUCUGGUGGUAAAACUUUAGCAAAGAGAAUUACUGAAGUGUUUGAGUGUGAAAUAAUUUGUUGCACAUUUAAGCUAUUUUCUGUGCGAAUUUAUGUUAUUUUUCAGUUGAAUUAAGUAUAGUCAAAAAAUAAACAUGAGUAAGGCUGUAAUUUUCCAGA